GAUCACACACCACAAACUUGCCACCACGAAAAUAAACAACCCUCUUCCUCUUUCACUUCGCUUCUUCCGCUCUCUCUCCCCAAUUUUCCCAGACUCUCUCUCCGCCGUAAAGAUGAGCAAGGGACCUGGACUUUUCACCGACAUCGGCAAGAAAGCCAAAGAUCUUCUGACCAAGGACUACAGCUCCGAUCAGAAAUUCACCGUCUCCACCUACAGCGAUGCCGGCGUGGCCCUCACCUCAACAGCAGUGAAGAAGGGAGGACUUUCCACUGGGGACAUCUUGACACAAUACAAGUACAAGAACACGGUGGUUGAUGUCAAAGUUGACACAGAAUCAAAUAUCUCGACGACCUUCACGAUCAAUGAGAUUGUCCCAUCCACAAAAACUAUAGCUUCAUUCAAAGUGCCUGAUUUCAACUCUGGCAAGUUGGAGGUUCAGUACUUCCAUGACCAUGCAACCAUCACUACAGCCGUUGCCUUGAAUCAAUCCCCAGCUAUUGAUUUUUCAGCCACCAUUGGAACCCCAACCAUUGCAUUUGGUGCAGAAGGGGGUUAUGACACUACGUCUGGAAACUUUACGAAGUACACUGCUGGAAUCAGCAUCACAAAGCCAGAUCAGUCUGCUUCAAUAAUUCUGGGUGACAAGGGAGACAGUAUAAGAGCAUCAUAUGUGCAUUAUAUGGAUCUGUUGAAGAGGAGUGCUGCUGUGGGAGAGAUCACUAGAAAGUUCUCCACGAACGAGAACACUUUCACCGUGGGGGGGCAAUAUGCUGUUGAUAUCUACACUGUAGUGAAAGCUAAGCUCAACAAUCACGGAAAGCUAGGAGCCCUCCUGCAGCAUGAAGUCAUACCAAAGUCGGUGCUGACAAUAUCUGGUGAGGUAGACACCAAGGCCUUGGACAAAAAUCCCAGGUUUGGCGUGGCCAUUGCCAUCAAGCCUUGAUUCUUUGGUGUUAGUGAAUUCAAUACCUGGCUCAAUUUUUUGACUGGCUCUUGAGAGGAGCGCUUAAUAAUUAGUUCCACAGAAACAUUUGUCCUAGUCCGUGAUGACUGGAUGGAUCGUUUGGCGCUUGUGCCUCUAUUGCGUGGUCGCGGUCUCUUCUUUUCCUCUAUAUUCUUUUGGUUUGUAACCGUAGGUUGAUGAGGCGUUGCACGUUCAGGUCUCCUUGUAUGGAGAACCCUAGAAUUUUGAUUGAUAGAAGAUAUGCUUGCAUAUAUUGUUGGGGCAAGUGAUAUGCGAUUGUUAACUACAAUCGAGUUUAUAACUUCAACAUUGAUAUUACUGACCGAUGUGUUGCCGCAAGUUAUGGUCAGUUUUUCUUCUUUUAGCUUAUCUAAAAAAUGACUUUAACCUUCAA